CGGUGUUCGCCGGCUACCCCGCGCCGCCGGGGGCGGGGUCGUGCACGUCCUGUUGGGCCUCCGAGCGCUGGUGCACCUCGUCACUGCUUUGUCUUGAAGACAGAACGAUGCCGAAGAAAGCAAAGCCCACAGGGAAUGGGAAGGAAGAGGGGUCUGUUCCCUGCAAGCAGGUGAAGAUAGAGGCAGCUGGUGGACCCUCCUCUAUUUUAAAUUUUGAAAGCCCCAGUGAUCUGUUUGAAAGUUUAAUCUCGCCCAUCAAGACAGAGACUUUCUUCAGGGAAUUCUGGGAGAAGAAGCCCCUUCUUAUUCAGAGAGAUGACCCUGCAGUGGCUGCAUAUUACCGGUCCCUGUUCAGGCUGUCAGAUCUGAAGAGUCUAUGCAGCCGGGGUAUGUACUAUGGAAGAGACAUAAAUGUCUGCCGGUGUGUCAAUGGGAAGAAGAAGGUUUUAAAUAAAGAUGGCAAAGUGCACUUUCUUCAACUGAGAAAAGAUUUUGAUCAGAAAAGGGCAACAAUUCAGUUUCACCAACCUCAGAGAUUUAAGGAUGAGCUUUGGAGGAUCCAGGAGAAGCUAGAAUGCUACUUUGGCUCCUUGGUUGGCUCGAAUGUAUACAUAACCCCUGCAGGAUCCCAGGGCCUCCCACCCCAUUAUGAUGAUGUCGAGGUUUUCAUCCUGCAGCUGGAGGGAGAGAAACACUGGUGCCUUUACCACCCCACUGUGCCCCUGGCACGAGAGUACAGCGUGGAGGCCGAGGACAGGAUUGGGAGGCCGACACAUGAGUUCACGUUGAAGCCGGGUGAUUUCCUGUACUUCCCCAGAGGGACUAUUCAUCAAGCGGACACUCCUCCAGGUCUGGCCCACUCUACUCACGUGACCAUCAGCACCUACCAGAACAAUUCAUGGGGAGAUUUCCUUUUGGACACCAUGUCGGGGCUUGUGUUUGACACCGCAAAGGAAGAUCUGGAGUUCCGGGCUGGCAUACCCCGGCAGCUGCUCCUGCAGGUGGAAGCCACAGCGGUUGCAACAAGAUUAAGUGGCUUUCUGAGGACCCUUGCAGACCGCCUGGAGGGCACCAAAGAGCUGCUUUCAGCAGACAUGAAGAAGGAUUUUGUUAUGAACAGACUCCCCCCUUACCAUAUGGGAGACGGAUCAGAGUUUUCAACGCCAGGUGGACAGUUACCAAGGUUGGACAGCACAGUGAGACUGCAGUUUAAAGACCACACCAUCCUCACAGUAGGGCUGCAUCAGGAUCAGUCUGAUGAAACUCAGGAAAAGAUAAUUUACAUCUAUCAUUCCUUAAAGAACAGGAGAGAGACACACAUGAUGGGAAAUGAGGAAACAGAGUCUCAUGGACUUCGCUUUCCUUUAUCACAUAUGGAUGCACUGAAGCAAAUUUGGGGCCAUCCAGCUGUUUCUGUCAAGAACCUGAGACUUCCUACAGAUGAGGAAAAGGAAAAUCUGGUGUUAUCCCUCUGGACAGAAUGCUUGAUCCAGGUAGUCUAGUGCCUUUCCAGAAUUGAGAAUGGACCAUCUGUAACAUAUGUAUGAGAAGAGGAGGAGCAAACAUUUAUGUGCUAGGCAGCUUCUGUUGCUUUCAGUCAGCAGCCUGGGAAUGGUUCUACAGCAGCUGUCUUUACAACUGUCCUUACCUAACGAUGUGAGACCUCCCUGUUUCAGGAAGUUGGUUGGCCAUGUGUAUUACAGAGGCACAUGGAGGAAAGAAUGGCAGAUGAAGUAUAUGUCUCAGAAAGUAACAAAACCGUACUUUUGACAAACUUCUUUAAUCCAGUGUGGUAGAAAAGGUACAACUCCAAUAAAUGUAUCAUUGAAAUUUGAA